UGAGAAUCGAUAAAGGACUGUUCCCUGGAUAGAAUCCCGUUGCCCUUAGUCCCCUACUAUUUGAAGUCGAGCAGACAUUCUCGAAUCUGAUUAGUAAUCGGCAACCCCAAACAUUCAUUGAUAUCGAUAUUGAUGAGUAUUCAUGGUUCGCUACACUAUAUUAAGACCACCAUUUUGUUUUUGCAUAUUUACAUAUUGGAUUCGUGAUCAGCAACCUCGAAAACAUAAGUCUACCAAGUUUUGUGCAAAUCUGAUGAUUCCUCGAUUUAUGGCCACGUUUCAGCGAAAAUUCCCCACUGUGCGUCGGACAGAAGUAUGUACAUGGACAACUCCAGCUCCAGAGUCACACGACGCGGGAGUAGCUGAAAGUAACGUGCAACGUGAAGGGAUAUCGCUCCUCCUUCUGUCUUAACAGCUAGUGUUUAGAAUUCGUCCCUGGAACGUGCCAGCUGAGAGCGAAAUGUUCUUGUAAUAUAUUCUACUAACAAUAAGUCGAUACACUACUCGAUAUUAAAUAUCUAUUCGAUCCGCCCUUGAUAAGUAUUAAUUACAAAUAAAAAGUUUAUUUUAUUUAGUCAUCUUAUUCAAAAAUAAAAAUUAUUUUAUUUAUUAUGCGGGCCCACUACUUGAAAAUAAAACUGCGUUUGGCUCGUAGCCGUACCGGCCUCGAUUCUCGAUCAAAAACAGCGGAGGCUUCUGGAACUAAUUUUCGAGUCCAAUAAACGCGGGCGCCUGCGGAGCGGCAAUCCGACACACGCCGCGCGAGCCGGUUGCGGUGCCGCAGGCGCUCGGAAGUAACCAAAAAAUUCCAACAGACGCCACGCGGUCCCGCAUCCGCGAGAGUUCGUCGCUUUCCGCUUCGCCUCGCGCGUUUCGGAGCUGCCUCCUUCUCCCCGGCACAGAUGAUUUAAUUCGACUCGAGUGAACUUUUUGACAAUUUAUACUAAAUAUAAGUAUCAUCUUAACGAAGUAUGAAGAAGGCCAGCGGUGUCCAGGAGGUCGCAUCUAAAUCGAAGGAUGCAGCGAACGAGGGGGAAGAGAACGCAACGCUCUGGUGGCCGCUGCUCGGCGGGAUAACGGUACUCACGCUGAUCACCAGGUUUUACAAAGUCACGGAGCCGGAGCACGUGUGUUGGGAUGAGACGCACUUCGGUAAGAUGGGCAGCUGGUACAUUAACAGGACGUUCUUCUUCGACGUCCACCCACCCUUGGGCAAGAUGCUCAUCGCUCUGUCUGGCUAUCUGACCGGCUACGAUGGCACGUUCGCCUUUGAGAAACCCGGAGACAAGUUCGAGGAUGUCAAGUACAUCGGCAUGAGAAUCUUCUGCACGAUGCUCGGCGCCACCACCGUACCCUUGGCCUACUUGAUCGUGUGGGACUUCACCAAGUCCAUUCGCGCCUCCGCGCUCUCUGCUCUUCUCGUUCUCUCCGAUGUAGGGCUGCUGACGUUGAAUCAGUACAUCCUCCUGGACCCGAUACUUCUGUGCUUCAUCAUGUGCGCUACGUGGGGCAUGGCGCGCGUCGCGUCGCUCCACGAGCAACCGUUCACGUUCACCUGGUGGUUCUGGCUGUCGUUCACGGGCGCCGCGCUCGCGUGCACGAUCGGCGUGAAAUUCGUCGGGCUGUUCGUGGUCCUGCUCGUGGGUCUGCACACGGCGUACGAGCUCUGGCGCGAGCUGGGAGACCUCUCCAAGCCCAUCUCUCACGUGGGGAAGCACUUGCUGGCGAGGUGCAUUUGCCUCAUCCUGUUACCGGUUCUACUUUACAUGCUCUUCUUCUACAUCCACCUUUCCGUUCUGAAUAAAAGCGGGAGCGGCGACGGCUUCUACAGCUCGGAAUUUCAGUCCCUCCUGCGUGGGAACUCGCUGUACAACGCGACGAUGCCGCGGCAGCUGGCGUACGGCGCCACCAUCACGUUGAAGAAUCACCGCACGGGCGGUGGCUACCUGCACUCGCACUGGCACCUGUAUCCCGAGGGAGUCGGUGCCAGGCAGCAACAGAUCACGACCUACUCGCACAAGGACGACAACAAUCUCUGGCUGGUGAAGAAAUUCGACACGGACGCGAUACCGGCGGAGCCGGAGCUCGUCAGGCACGGCGACCUCGUCCGCCUGGAGCACACUAUCACGCGGCGGAAUUUACACUCGCACAAGGAGAUCGCGCCGAUAUCGAAGAAGCAUUACCAGGUCACUGGAUACGGCGAGAACGGCACGGGCGACGCGAACGACGUUUGGAAAAUAUUGAUAACGAACGGAAGGGACGGCGACGUAGUGGAGACGGUGACGAGCAAGCUCAAGUUCGUGCACUAUCUUCAUCACUGCGUGCUAACGUGCAGCGGCAAAACCUUGCCGAAGUGGGGCUUCAGCCAGCAGGAGGUCUCCUGCAACCCCAACAUGAGGGACAGGAACGCGCUGUGGAACAUCGAGGACAAUCAGUACGCCAAGCUUCCGAACGUCAGCUUCCGAGUGUACGCGCCGGGCUUCCUCGACCGAUUCCUCGAGUCGCACGCCGUGAUGCUGCAGGGUAACUCGGACCUGAAGGUGAAGGAGGGAGAGGUGUCCUCGCGGCCGUGGCAGUGGCCCAUCAAUUACAGGGGUCAAUUCUUCUCGGGGAACAACCAGAGGAUAUACCUGCUGGGCAACCCCAUCGUCUGGUGGGGCAACAUAGUCUUCCUCGUGACGUUCGUCGCUCUCUACGUGCACGCGUCGGUGCGCGAGCAACGGGGUUACGACGACGACGCCGACAAUAUUGAGCGGCGAAAGCGGCUGACGCAUGCCGGCAAGUGGCUCUUCCUCGGUUGGCUCCUGCACUACGCGCCCUUCUGGGCGAUGACCAGGGUGCUGUACUUUCAUCACUACUUCCCGGCGCUGUUGUACAGCUCCAUGCUCACCGGCAUCACGCUGAAUCACGUUGUCGAGGGUCUGCUGCUGUCGCUGCCCGACAAGCUGGGCAGCACCUUCUAUCACGUCGCCCUGGGUAGCGUAGUCUCCGGCACGGCGUACAGCUUCUACCUGUUCUCGCCGUUGGCUUAUGGGAUGGACGGUCCGGCGGCGAUCGAUCCGGAGAGCUCGAUGCAUUCCUUACGGUGGAUGGAGUCCUGGGAGUUCUGAACUCCAGUGUUGAGGUCGGCAUGACGCAACGUGCAAUCUAUCUGAUACGUACUUAAUCAGGAGCACUAGCGGAUCCUGAUGUCGAUAAUGGGGGGGGUUUGACAAACUUAUUUGGUUUAAUAUUUUUCUAGUAUCACCCUUAGCUUUUACUUCAGGAUCAAUGACGAGGACGUGGUGACACUUCUGAUCCAAUUUAAUUUUGAUGAAUUUUCCAACCAAUUUAGCAAAACUGAUUUCUUUAUUUGGAAGGGGGGGGGGAGUUUAACCCGAAAACCACCCCUCAGGAUCCGCCAGUGAUCAGGAGUAACAGGUGUACCUUCGAAGACGAGACUAAAACGCUCUCUGAAAAAUGCUCAUUUUAUUUAUAUUGUUACGGGAUGUAACGUUAAUAUUUUAGUUUUUGAAGUCAAUGCAUUUAAGCAAUUUACCCCAGGGACUCAAGUCGUGUGCGUUUUGCGAUUUAAGGAUAAUUUAAAUGGUCGGAAAAGGAAUGUGAGAGUCGGAGAUUCAAUUACUAAUUGGAUAGUUAAUUACUAAGAUAUUGGAUUUAUUCGAGUUGAUUAAUCGACAAUGUUGAAUGAAUUUAGAGUGAGGGAGAAGUAAAUACGAACCUUGAGUUGUGAUCGCGUUGACGCCGUUUUGGAGAUCUCGUUGCUGUACUUCUUUCUAACCGCGAUAUGAGUGAAGAGAGUCGGUGGAGAACCAGGAAGAGAAGAGAAGAAAAGAGAGCCAGGAACCUUGGUUGGUUCCUUUUAUACCAAAAUCGUGAGCAACAGAAUUUUCCUUUAGCCAAUGGGAGAUCUCGAAAACGGCUGCAACAGGCAUAGACAGAGAGGGAGGAUCCCGCGCAAAUCCCCGCUCUUGGCCUACAGAAUCUUCGCGAAAGUUCUAACGAUUCUUAUACGUAUAUAUACUUAUGGUAUUUUAUAUAUGAUUUUAUCUUGUUUUUAAACAACGGGAAUACAAAUAUUGGUAUCGUUAAUCUGUGCGUUAACAUUAUGCAAUAGACAUAUCGUUUUAAACCGAGCCUUGGAGAGUGACUAUAUCGAUAUAUGAGAAAACAAUUCAAGAGAUAUGGUCACGCUUCGCCUCCAGGACGCGCGACCUGCUUAAUAUUUACUUAUAAUUAAAAUGCUGUAAAAAUAUAUCUCGUGUGUAAGUCUAAGUAAGUGUAAGUUAGGCGCUAUGUCGGGGAAGAUGACUAAGCGUGCAACCUUGGUCCUUUGAGAGGUUGUUAGGAAAGGAAUUUUGGGAUGGAUCAUAAAAGAGAAAGUUUGUCUAAAGGCAGUGACAUCGGCAUAUGACGGUUAAGUGAAAAAAAGGAAUCCGGAAGAAAAAGGAGACUUGUCGGGACGUAACAAUAUACAACGACUUUGAUAUAUUUUAGAUUACAGCGAUUUAUGUAUACAAAGAAAUAUAUAAAUUUAUGUAUUUUGCGAGGCUGUUUACGAGAGAUUAAAGAGCAAUUUCUAG